AUGAAGGAAACAAAAUACCACAAGACCUUUCAGCCCCGAGGUUGCAAGACACACUAUGAGAACAUCGGCGAGAUCGGUGCAGGCAUACAAGCUCAAGAAGCAUGGACUUUCUUCGAGCCGCUAGGUAUGCUUGUUACGGUGGGAGCCGUCAGUUCGGCUGGCAUUGCCGGAGGCUAUGGUCAAGGCGGCGGUCAUGGACCUUUAGGUCCCAAGUAUGGCUUGAUGGUUGACCAGGCCGUCGAGUUCGAUGUCGUCACUGCCGAUGGUGUCCUGCGCACGAUCAAUGAGUGCACCGACCCCGACCUCUUCUGGGCCAUGCGCGGGGGCGGCGGAGGUAACUAUGCUGUCCUCACCUCCUACAAGUUUCAGUUGCAUCCGGCCGUACCCAUCAACGUCUACAGCUUCCAGGCCACAUUUCCUAAGCCGAAGGGUCCUCUCGAUAUCACUCAGUCCAAGGUGCACCGAGACAUCCUUACUGCGCUGGCUCAUAACCAGACGCAAUUUGCAGAGCAUGGCAUGGCUGGCUACAACUUUGUUCUUAAAGACCACAUCGUGUCUCUGCAGAUACUACCUUCUGAUGAUGUCGAGGCAAUCAAGGGCAUCACCGCACAGUGGCGUGCCUUCCUUGACGACUAUCCUGGUCUGGACAUUGGCGAAUCCAAGUAUUACAGCUUCAAGACCUUUUCGGAGUGGCAUGCGUUCACAGAGACUCCGGCGAUCUCACGAAACGGACCUGUCGGACUCGGCAUCAUGGUAGCUGGGCGUUUCAUUCCGCGCGAGUUGUUCUCAACCAAAGACAAUGUGGGACAGCUGGUCGACGCCGUCCUCACAGCGAUGCAGUUCUCGUACACUAACAAGGGCAUCGGCAGCGCCCAGCUUUACGCCACUGGUCCGUUCAACCAGCCUGAUAACAGCAGAACUGGUCUUAAUCCCGCAUGGCGGGAUACUCUUUGGCACAUCGUCAUGGGUGCCGCGUGGACCUCUACUACCCCGCCUAACGUACGGACGCAGAUCCAGAACACAGUCUCAGCAUCUGUGCAACCGUUCAAAGCACUGACGCCGGGUGGUGGGUGCUACAUGAAUGAGGCUGAUUGGCAAGAGGAGAACUGGCAGCAGACGUUCUUCGGAGGGAACUACGAUCGCUUACUGGCGGUGAAGAAGCGAUACGAUCCCACGAGUCUGUUCAACUGCUGGAAGUGUGUGGGGUGGACAGGAUAUGACGAGUAA